AUGUUUGACAUAUUACAGUCAUUGUACACAUUCUUUUCUAGUAGCACCAAGCGAUCUGAAGCACUUGAAAAAGCACAAGUUGAAAUAGAAGGGGCCUUGAAGAUGCGAAAUCUUUCGCAAACUCGUUGGAUUGCUAGAUCUGAAUCUAUUGACAGUGUCUGGAUCUCUUUGACAGUAAUCGUCUCGCUGCUCGAGCAGAUAAUGGAUAGACAACUUGACUGUGACAAAAACACACAGGAUCAAGCCAAAGCAAUUUUGAAGAAAAUGAAAACAUUUGAUUUUGUUUUCAGCUUGGCUACUAUGAGAUUCAUAAUGCGGCGCUGUAAGGUUCUGGUUGUGCAAUUUCAGGAAGAGGGUUUGAAUUUACUCGACGCACUUGAGCUAGUGUCAUCGACAACUAGGGCGUUAGAAAAGAUUCGAAAUGAAGAUGACGUGCAAAAGCAGAUUGAAGCUGCCACACAAAUUGCAAUGCACAUGGGAAUAAAUCUAGAAGAGGAGUUUCAGCACCGCCACAGAAGAAGAUUGAUUCCAAGAAGAAUUGAUGAAAACCGAGACAACGAGGAGGCAUUCUCCUUCCAGACGUUUUAUUCGAAAGAGAUUUAUUCUGUACUUGAUCAGAUAAUUACAGAUUGUAAAGAAAACUGGGGUAGCAUUUUGAAGAAAAUAAAGCCGUUCAGUGUUUUGUUGCCUCCUUGGGAUAACUUAAGGGAAGAACAAGCAGAGGAUCUGGAGCAUUUGUUGUCGGGGAAAGUUUCAAGUGGCAGUCUUUUUGCAGAGCUUACUGUUUUGAGAGAGGACUUCCAAGAGAAAAAGUUGGUGAAGAGCAUGACAGUCCGUGAAAUUGCAAAGUUCGUAUAUAGUCGAAGGCACAUUUAUCCGGCAAGCAACACAGCAUAUACAUUCCUUCAAACAGCACCAAUUACUGUGGCUUCAAAUGAAAGAUCUUUUAGCAAACUAAAGUUGGUGAAGACUAAGCUGCGGAGCACAAUGCUCCAGGACCGCCUGGAAUCUCUGAUGCUGAUAUCAUGCGAGAAGGAUUUCUCUGAGAAUGUCAACUUGGAAGAUGUUGUCAAGAACUGGAUACACUUAAAAAACAGAAGAGUUCGAUUUGACACUACUUAA